UCUCGUGUCAUACUCCAAUUAUUUGCGUCCAAGCGAGUCCCAGUGACCAUGUCACAUAUCUCACAUCAGUUUAAUUACCAGCUUGUGCUAGGCGGCGGAUAAUUGAUUAAAGCGCUUGGCACGCUUUGCGUGAGGCAUUAGGAAAAAAGGGACUUAACCAGACAAAAGGCAGCAAAGAGAAAUGCCAACAAAACAGGAAAUCAUAGAUAUGAUGGAGAACCAUCUGCCGGGUGAGCCAAUAAACAUUGGACGGAGUGAACAACCCCCCGCUUAUCCCUCAUUGGAACCGUCUGCCUUACAAAUGCAACAGGAGGAUACUUUUCCAGAAAAUGAAUUUAGAGGAAGCGUUUAUUCAAUAACCCAGGCCCCCAUUGCCCAUCCACCUGCUCAGUUUGGGGCUCGCUCCCAUUUGGCCUAUUGUCCUUCGUGUCGAUCGCAAAUGCUGACUCGCGUCGAUUAUGAGGCAACUAUGAUGACUCACAUUAUUGCUGCUAUCUUGUGCUGUACCACAUGCUCGUGUUGUUUGCCCUACCUUUUCGACAAUUGCAAAAGCGCUCGCCAUUAUUGUCCCCAGUGUGAAUCAUAUUUAGGCUCCCAGGUGAAGUAGUGCCGAGUAUGGGGGAAUUGGAUUGAAACUGAAAUAAAAAAGUGUCUAAGAUAAGCUAAGCACAAAUAUAUAUGGUCUAUAGUAGCGAAGUGACGCAGGGUACAAUUUAAUAAACAAGUCAAAAACAAAAUAUAAAAGCUACAGGUAGUUCAUUAAACACUAUCGCAGAUAAAGUUUA